UCUUAAUUUAUCAAUUAAUUUUCACAAAAUAAUCUUUCUUUAAAAAAGAAGAAAUUUGGGCCACAAGGCUAUCUAAUAUUGCUUUUAAAAUUUCCAGAACAUCGGCACCAAUAUGUUAAGGGUUGUUUUGUUUUUUGUGAUUAUGGCUGUACACUCUGAAGCUGCCGGCAUCUCUUUCCCUGAUCUUCGUGGUGGAGUGCUUCUAAGUGCUUUUCCUGGGAUGUCUCCAAUAUCUUCAAGCUGGGGAAACUGCGGUAAUACACAAGGAGGAAGAUUCACACAGUCAAACCAUGCUUGCGUGGUAGAUAAACUUAAAAGUGAUUUUGCCUAUGAAGAGGACGUUGCAAAGGAACUGGUGAGACUAGCAAGUCAAGGGACUGGAGCUGUACCACCAACAGCUUUAGGAAGUCGACCUAAAACAGCUGAUGAGAAGUCACGAAAAGCUGCAUGCUAUGUUGCUGAAGAAUGCAGCUGUAAAUUUACGCAGGACUGGUGUACAAUACGGGACUAAAAUUGUUAACAAUUUGUAUACCUGAACAAUAUUUAAGUGAAUUAUGUAUUAUGCAUUGCGCUUAGAUUAUUGUAUCAUGCCAAAAGUAUCAUACGUUUCAUUAUUUUAUUGAAAUGCUUUUAAGAUAUACUUUUUACUAAACUAAAGAAAUCUUAAAGUUAUGAAAGUUUAAAAGCUACAUAA